AAAGUCAGACAGGCGACCGCAAAACAAUUGAGCGCAAUUCAUUCGCUGCCAUCCUUCUCCCCUCUCUCUCUCUCACUCUCUCUCGUUCGUAUUAGAAUAUCAACUCAACACCAUCAUCAACAGAAUCAACACAACCUUGAGUUCUUUGAUUAAAAGAAAAAUUCAGAUGGACACGUUCUACAUAUCGCAUGGAUCGCCGACGCUGUCAUUUGACGAUUCGAUACCGGCGAGGCAUUUCUUGAAAUCAUGGAAGGAGAAAGGGCUAUGCCAGAGGCCCAGAGCCAUUCUCGUCGUUUCCGGACACUGGGACACGCCCGUGCCCGCCGUCAACGUUAUUAGCGGCCGCAACGACACCAUCCAUGAUUUCUAUGGCUUCCCCAAACACAUGUACCAGAUGAAGUACCCUGCACCGGGAGCUCCAGAAUUGGCAAAGAGGGUGAAGGAACUGCUACUGGCAUCAGGCUGCAAGCGUGUUGACGAAGAUAGAAAACGUGGGCUUGACCAUGGCGCAUGGGUCCCCCUGAUGCUGAUGUAUCCAGAGGCAGAUAUCCCAGUUUGUCAACUCUCUCUUCAGUCAGAUAGGGAUGGUACUUAUCACUACAACAUGGGCAAGGCACUGGCUUCUCUUAAGGAUGAAGGUGUUCUAAUCAUAGGUUCUGGUAGUACUACUCAUAACUUAAGGAACAUUUUGCCCCCAAACAGUCCUGUUCCUUCCUGGGCUUCGGAUUUUGAUGCCUGGCUUAAAGAUGCUCUUCUUCAAGGAAGAUUUGAAGAUGUGAACCAUUGGGAUGUGAAGGCACCCUGUCCUAAAAUGGCUCACCCUUGGCCAGAUCACUUUUACCCAUUGCAUUUUGCCAUGGGUGCUGCUGGUGAAAACACAAAGGCAAAACUCAUGCACCAUAGCUGGGACAUGGGUACUCUUUCUUAUGCCUCUUACCAGUUCACGGCAGCUACCAGCUGAAUCUCCAUCGAAAAAUUGUGCUACGAUAUGGUGUCUAUGCUGUCUCGUUAUAUUUCAGUACAUCUUUUGUUAUGUUAUCUUCGAAAUAAGAUUGGAUGCAAACUGGAAGUUGUUGUGGCCAUGAAAAUUGUGUACUUUUCGUUUGAUUGUAAAAUAUGUUGUUUGUUUGUAUGAUGUUAUAAGUACCUUAUAAGUUAUGUAUCUGAGUUACGUGGCAAGAGUCAUACACUAGCAAGGAGAAUUAAGACUUAGUCAUGCAGUGGAAGGACUCCUGGAAUAAGAGGAUAUCUGCUCAGUAGUUAGUAGUAGUAGUAGUAAUCAAUAUCUGUAUAAAUAUUGAUAAGUGAUAACUAAUGUCAUUUAUCUACUCUGUUCUUAUAAACAGUGUCUUGGAAUGCUUAUUUAAGCAGGAGAUUGAUGAAUAAUAUUAUGAAGUAUCAGUAUUUCAACUA